AUGACCUCCAAGGGUACAACCUCACGCAAUGCCCAAUGCGUUAGUACUGCUCCUCACAUUCACCAAAAAGCACGUCGAAAAGUUCCGCGGGAAACUUGGCAAAAUCCAACCUGGGCAAAAAAAGAAAUUCCUCGGCAUGUCGUUCAUAUGAUUAUUGGAGGGACCGACAUUCCUCAAGUGACCAUGAUCAAACGGACAAAAUUAUCUGCCGUAAUAGAGGGGUCGAUCCGAGACCGCGUAGCUGAAGACACCCUUGCAUUCAGCGAAGAGGAUCUCGAGACCUUGGCAGAACCAUACAACGAUGCGCUGGUAAUCUCAUUUCUUUUAAACAACAUUCAAGUUAAACGUAUACUCGUGGAUCUAGGCAGCUCGGCCAACGUAAUCAGGUCGGAGGUAGUAGAACAGCUUGGAUUGCUCGAUCAGAUCAUACCCACCUCCCAAGUCAUCCACGACUUCAACAUGGACGGCGAAGUAACAAAAGUAGAAAUCACCCUUCUAGUCGACACGUCCGACAUGGUUUUGAACACCAAGUUUCAAGUCAUCAAUGGCGACAUGGGGUACAAUGCAUUGCUUGGGAGGUCGUGGAUACACAGCAUAAAGGCAGUAUCAUCAACUCUGCACUAG